UCUAACGUCGGUCGAGGCGAACUGAUGUAUUGCAUCGUAAUAAGAAACAAAAAUAUUUUUUUGAUUAAAAUGAUACUUUACAUGGGAUUAUUAUGAGAUAAAAUAUCGUUAAUUUUACAAAAAAAAAAGUGUGAUUAAUUAAAACAUAUAAGACAUUUUUGAUAUAUUUUUUUGUAAUAUCGAUACGUUUUAACCCGUAAUAAUGACUACGAGCUUGACGCUUUUACAAGGAUUUAGUCCGAAAUUACGUGGAAGGGAACAGAAUGAAUGCCGGACUCUGCAAAUAAACAUGCCACCUCCUGUAAACGUUGAUAUUGAAUUCAAAGGUGUCACAAUGGAAGCUACAACUGGAUUCAUAAAAAAAAAUAAAAAAACUAUUUUAAAAAAUAUUUCCGGAGAUUUUAAGUCCGGUGAGCUAACGGCCAUAAUGGGACCGUCUGGAGCCGGCAAAACAUCACUCCUUAACGCCCUUACAGGAUAUUCGUUAAAAGGGGUGACGGGUGUGAUCCGAGCUGGCAACAGCGUAUGUGAAUUUGACAGCACUAAUUCAUACCAAACCCUGAACGCGUACCGUAAGAAGUCGUGCUACAUACUGCAAGACGAUAAGCUGAAUCCCUUAUUUUUGGUCUCCGAGCAAAUGCAAUUCGCUGCGGACUUAAAGUUAGGCGAUACAUUUACGCAGAAGUUAAAAAACUCAGUUAUAUCGGAUGUGCUGAAGACCCUGGGUCUGACGGGAACUGAGAACACUCCUUGUAGUAAACUAUCAGGUGGACAGAGAAGAAGACUCUCCAUCGCCGUGGAACUUAUUGACAAUCCACCAGUUUUAUUUCUUGACGAGCCUACCACAGGUCUAGACAGUGUCUCAUCCAAACAAUGCAUGGAAUUAUUACAAAAUCUCGCACGAGUUGGUCGGACUAUAAUCUGCACAAUUCACCAACCGUCUGCUACUAUAUAUAAAAUGUUCGAUCAGGUAUACGUGUUGGCAGAAGGUCAGUGUGUCUAUCAAGGUCCCAGUUCUCACACAGUCCCUCAUCUAGCUAGUCUUGGUCUCGUCUGUCCCAAGUACCACAAUCCAGCGGAUUACAUUUUAGAACUAGCAAAUGGCGAACAUGGUCAACUCAAUGAACUUCUCAUAGCUAACUGUGUUCCUGAAAAACUAAAUGAACGUAUUCCGGAAUUGCCCAUAGAGAAUCGUCCAGCACUUUCAAAUGAAAAAAUGACCAUAGUAAUAAAUAGACCUUACGAAUUUUACAAGUUUAAAGUGCUGUUCAAGAGGUGUGUCGUGCAACAGUGCCGUGAUUGGACAGUAGUUCCCCUUAGGAUGGUCAUCCAUGUAAUCAUCGGUAUUAUGUUGGGACUGUUCUUCAAUAACGUCGGCAAUGAUGCUUCAAGAACACUCAGUAACCUUGGCUUCCUCAUUAUAUCACCUACUUACCUCUGUUAUACAUCGCUCAUACCAGCAGUGCUCAGAUUUCCCGAUGAGUUACCAGUGUUGAAGAAGGAACAUUUUAAUAACUGGUAUAACCUCAAAACUUAUUAUAUAGCAGUCCUAGUGACGAACACACCAAUACAGAUCUGCUACAGUUUAAUAUACUCAAUACCAGCGUAUCUUCUCAGCGGACAGCCGAUAGAGUUACAUCGUUUCGCGAUGUUCGUUCUCAUUCUAUCAAAUGUAUCUCUCAUAGCAGACACUAUAGGCAUAUUCAUUGGUUCUUGCGUCAAUCCUAUUAAUGGUACAUUCCUGGGAGCGAUAACGACCUGCGUGAUGAUAGUUUUCGCUGGUUUCCUGGUGAUACCAUCUCAUAUGCCGUCGAUACUCCAACCUGUGGCGCAUGGGUCUUUCCUGAAACAGGUGUACGAAGCGCUUACACUCUCCAUGUACUCCUUCGAUAGAACACCACUAGCGUGUGGUGAAGAUAAGAUAUACUGUCACCUCAAAUAUCCCCAAACGAUCCUCAAAGAACUAGAUAUGCAGCCUGGAAACUAUUGGCAGGACGUGUGCAUUAUUCUUGUAGAAUUGUUACUACUUAGGAUAAUUGCAUUUCUCUCGUUGAAGCGUAGAGUUAAAAAGUGUAAUUAAACUUAUAUAACGAUACGUUAAAAUCAAAUUUACGUAUUAUUUGUUGAUCGAAUUACUAUUACUUGUUUCAUUUAAAAAUAUAUAACUACAAUAGUUAUGUUGUAGUUUAGAAGCAAAUAUCAUUUUAAUUAAUAUAGAAUAAUUGAAAUCAUGUCGCAAUGCUUGACAGUCUACUGUGAUUUUAGAUAAUAUCGUAUAGUGAAAAUAUUAAUUAGGGAUUUACCUUUUUUCAUUGACCCCGUAAAAUACUCAUUUUUAAGUGGCUUUGAAAUCAAAUUUAACUUAUAAAUAAUUAUAGUUCUUGGGAUUGUAAAAGAAUGAAAUACUGACGAAAAUUUUGUGAUUUUUAUUAACACAUUAACAUACAAUCCUUAGUUAAUACUAUAAAAUCCGCAGUCUGUUAUUUGGAAUAGUAUUUAAUGUUAGUGUUUAAUAAUAGUAUUUAAUUAUUGUUAGUUUAUUUAGUAAUGUGAUAUUGACUUAAGUUAAAAAAUUGAAAGUUCUUGCCUAUGUAUCAGAUCAAUUAUAUAUUUGUGUAUUGUAUAUCUUGCUAUCGGAAAUCGGAAUGCUGGUUACAUGCCUAUGAGGUUUGUCUUUAAUAAGUGAUUGAAAUUUUUGGUGAGGAAUAUAUUAUAUUGAAACCUA